ACGCUUCACUGAAGGGCUCAAUAACUGGAACGAGCUGGCUGAGAUCAGAUGCAUUGCUCAGGCUGCCCAAAGCAACAACGAGAUAACCAAGCUGGAUUACUACUAGCCCGUGACGGACAAAACACUACGGCUUAUCUAAGGGCAGUAUACGAAGUACCCCAGCUUGUGAAGUGAUUUACAUCGUGGCACCAAUCUCUCCGAAGUCUCCGCUUUCUACAAGCAGCUCCUACAGCCUUGGAUGUGCUGGGGGCUUGUUUGCAGGCGGGAAUAAAACGCAGACACGGGGGUCUCGGGGAGGACAGCAGGGCAAACACCUCCUCGUCCCCGCAGGCGUCCCCUGGCAGUGCCAAAAUCUCCUUUAACAACCGCGUUGACUCGAUAGUUGCUUUAAAACCCUCCAAAAGGACUUCUCACUGAGGCUGACACGCUCGACCUGCCCCAGGACGAGAAGGACGGGCUCCGAGAAGGGACGGCGGCGGCGGGGUAUCGAAGUCGGAGCUGACAGCCCGACCGGGGUCCGGCCGCGCCGCGCCAUGCCCGCCGCCCUCCUGCUGCUGCUGCUGCUCGGCUGCCGCCCCGCCGCCGCCGCCGAGGGCAACGGAGUCCUGAGACCCCCGGGUCCCGGCCUGCAGGGCCCUCCGGGGGCCGCCGAGGCCGCCCCCCCGACGGCCGGGCCCCCCAUGCCGCCCAACGCCUCCCGGGCGGCCGCGCUGCCCAAGGGCUUUGGAGGGGUGGGCGGCGGGCGGCCCCGCUCUGCCUCGCCCCCCAUGUGCACGGGGCAGACGGAGAUCAAGGAGACUUUCAAGUACAUCAACACGGUGGUGUCCUGCCUGGUCUUCGUCCUGGGCAUCAUCGGCAACUCCACGCUGCUGCGGAUCAUCUACAAGAACAAGUGCAUGAGGAACGGCCCCAACAUCCUCAUCGCCAGCCUGGCCCUGGGCGACCUGCUGCACAUCAUCAUCGACAUCCCCAUCAACGUCUACAAGCUACUUGCAGAGGACUGGCCCUUUGGUGUUGAAAUGUGUAAACUAGUGCCCUUCAUUCAAAAGGCAUCAGUGGGCAUCACAGUGUUGAGUUUGUGCGCCCUCAGUAUAGACAGGUACCGAGCAGUAGCUUCUUGGAGUCGAAUUAAAGGAAUUGGAGUGCCAAAGUGGACUGCUGUUGAAAUUGUACUGAUCUGGGUUAUAUCAGUGGUAUUAGCUGUUCCGGAAGCUAUUGCAUUUGACAUGAUUACAAUGGAAUACAGAGGAAAGGAUCUCAGAAUCUGCCUACUUCACCCCACACAAAAAACAUCCUUUAUGAUGUUUUACAAGCAAGCUAAAGACUGGUGGUUGUUCAGCUUUUACUUCUGUUUGCCACUGGCUAUCACAGCACUUUUCUAUACUCUCAUGACCUGUGAGAUGUUACGAAAGAAAAGUGGGAUGCAGAUUGCUUUAAAUGAUCACUUAAAACAGAGACGUGAGGUGGCCAAAACUGUAUUCUGCCUGGUACUUGUUUUUGCUUUGUGUUGGCUCCCACUUCACUUAAGCAGAAUAUUGAAACUCACUAUUUAUGAUCAAAAGGACCCAAAUAGAUGUGAACUUUUAAGCUUUUUUCUUGUGAUGGAUUACAUUGGCAUUAACAUGGCUUCACUGAAUUCCUGCAUCAAUCCAAUUGCUCUGUAUUUGGUGAGCAAGAGAUUCCAAAACUGCUUUAAGUCAUGUUUGUGUUGCUGGUGCCAAUCCAAAGAUCUGUUGUCCCUGGAGGAAAGGCAGUCCUGUUUAAAGUUCAAAGCUAAUGACCACGGAUAUGAUAACUUCCGCUCCAGUAACAAGUACAGCUCUUCAUAAAACAGGCAUAAAAGGUAUAUUCUCUUACAUUAAUGCUGGUGCCUUUUUAAGUAAAAGUGGCAAUUACUUUUAAUGAGAUGGUAACAUUUAGAAAACUCUAGUUCUGUGUUUGCACAAAACUGAAAGAAUAUAAUAAAAAAAAUGCCCGAAAUCUGUGCAACUCUCAAAAUCACGGACAUUUACAAAACUGUAAUCUAUAGCACAUGAGGAAAAGCAUAAAAAGUCAUUGUUAGCACUUGAAUACUUCUGAAUCAGCACUUCCAGAUGAUCCCCACUUCCUGUAUAUUAAACCGUCAUUUGUAUUCCCUGUAACAGUUGUAGGAACUGGAGUCACAGUAAUUACUAAGCAGUAUAAUGUAACUUUAAUUGGAUCAAAGCCAGUAUUAUUAUAUAACUCAAUAUAUUAUCUUUUAUAAAGCAAAUUAACCACCAUCACUAUUGUUUUGUUUUGUUUUGUUUUUAAAAUAAAACCUGAGAUAUGUUGUAAUGAGAGUUUAAACAUAAAAAAGUAGAAUUUUUAUCAGGGAUUUAUAGAGGUAGAUAAUGAAACAUUAAAGGAUGCAGUCAAGUUGAAAGUGCAUUUCACUCUGAUUGUUUUUACCUACUGUUGUUGGAAGGAACUUCCAAGACCUCUAUAAAUACCAUUCUGUAGCCACUUCACUUGUUCAGUGCAUUUGGCAGCACUUGGGUAUGGUCCAUUUCACAGUUUCCAUGUUAUUUGUGUUUAAUGGCAGAGGAGACAAAAAAAAAACCAACAACAAAAGCAAGAAUGCAGAGUAAUAAAACCAUAGAAGCAAUGGCUAGUAUUGGAAACUAGUUAUUUUUAAUUGAAAACAAAUUGAUUGUAUCCCCUGUAAACAAUGGGCAUUCAGGAGCCCUGACGGCUUUCUCAAGAUACAUUUGUGACAACUUACAACUGUUUUUGCAAUCCGUAUACUGUCCUGGGGCAAAAUCCUUCAGAAAAAGCAGGUUGAAAAAAAUGUAACAAAGCAAAACAUUGGGAGAAUUUGAACAUUUGUUUUCAUACAGAUUUAAAUUUUGAUAAAGAAAAAUAAUUCACAAACUGUACUUCUAAAGAACAGUACUAUGUAGCACACUUGUCUUGAUUCUGUUUUAAAAUGUUCUACUUCUGUAGUGCCAUAUUUAUGGGCUUAAGAAGAUGCGUGAUUAGUUUCUGCUUCUGUAAAUAGUUUAGUGAAGCUUGAUUUUUUAUAAGGUAUUAAAAUAUGGGCAGGACCCUAUAAGAAAGCAAAAAGAUGCCUGUAGUAAACACUAUGUGUAUUGCCGGGAGCAAUGCACAUUUUGUAUAUACAUGACAGGUCAUUCUUUGGCUUUUCAUUUCCUAUGAAUUUGUUGCAGAUGUCCCUAAGACUUAUUAACAUAUUUUGUGCACUAAGGCAUGAGUUCUUCAAAAGGAAAAAAAAAAAAAAAAGAGGACAUGUUUUCAAUAGGCAUGGUAUUUUAUUAUAAUAAAAUUAUUUAUCAAAACUCAGGAAUUUUUUUUAAUUUCCAAAUUUCACAUGUAAUUUUUAUCUUUUUUCCAGACGUAAUUAACUUCAGAUAUAUUUUUUAAAUUUUUUAUUUUCCAUAAAGUGCCUUAAAUAUACUCAGGAUGAAAACAGUUUUUCUAAAAUGUUCAGCUGAUAUUGCCUUGGUUGGCGUUCAUCUCAGCUGACUUGAUGUAGCUUACACCUUGCAGACAACUGAAAAUAGGAGAGGUAAACCCCAUCCCUGGUGUUGCCCCAUCAACAGCUAGUGAGUCUAUGCCUGUAAAAACAAACUGAGGAUGUAUGCACAUGCAUUUGAGCAUGUGUGUGCGUUUGUGCGCGUGCAAGUGUGUAUGUUUUCUGCCAUUAGGUUGCUGUUAUCGUCUUUCUCUGCAGCACAUACACCCAACUGCUAUAAUGCUGAACCUUUGAAGAACAAAACUUUUAAUACAUUUAUAUUUAUAAAAUAUUUUUAUUUUAACUUUCACGAUAACUUGCUCAUGGGAAGCCAUGAAUAUCACUUCACCACACCUGCAGCUAUUUCUGUGAAAUGCAUUUCAUCUGUUAAGAAUGGAUAAUCAGUUAAAACCUAAGUUUGAUACUGGUCAGUGUUAUUUUCAUCAAGUUUUAUAUCAUUACAAUAUUGUACGUGUAUAUUAUUGUUAUUUUUUAUUUAAAAUAUAGCUGUUGUAUUGGCAAGUGUGUAACAUAUUUUUCAUUUUUCCUGGACUAACUCUUUGUUAGGACAAGUCCUGCUAAGUCAGACAUUUAGGUUUUGCAAAUAAAGACCAUAUAUGCUGCCCACUUUUUGGAGUAAUAUAUACAUAUUAGCACACUUUUUGUGUGUUUUUUGCAGUAUUUUUACUGAAGAUAUCAUUUUCUUUAAUAAAAUUUUCAGAAAUUCUUCUUUCAUACACUGAAAGGAAUACACAGGAGAGCUCAAAUGCAUUUGUGUUCUAAAUAAAAUUAAACCUUCAGUAAUGAAGACUGGCAUUUCAUAAAGUCCUCAGUACAGCUCUAUUCCUAUGUCCACUGAAAUCAAUGAAUGUUUAACAUUCAUUUCAGUUUAACAUUCAAUUGGAGCAGAAUUAGAGCACAAGAGCUUUUUAAAAUACCAAGCUGAAAUUUGCUGCCUUUAAUAAAAAAUAAAAAAUAACAUAAAAAAAAGCUAAGUACUCUCUUCUUUUUUGGAUGAGGGAGGU